CUUAAGCAUCGUAUGUAUGUGGUUGGAUAUAUAAUAGAACAAAUCUAUGAAUAUUCAACAAGCCAAUGAUAAAAUAUUAAAUGAUUUACUCAUAAGUUGGUAGUCAAGGUGGCGGGCUAGUCAUACUGUCGAGGCAGCUCAUAACUCAAAACGACUAGUUUACGAGAUGAGCUCAACAAGCUACUGGGCUUCGUUAGUUCAAAAUCUUUGGAAGGCAAAGAAGAUUUUGAUCAAAUUCGAUUCAUUAGUGAACGAGGCGAGGGUCGAAGUCUUGGACCGAGCAAUGAAUGCAAUGCAUCGUAAUUAAAGAUGCACCAUACAUCAGAGUGUAGUGUUCUUUUGUUAGGCCUGUGGGCCGAGACAUAGAUAGCAUAGCAUAGAAUACCUCCAGCCUUCAACUUUUCCCCAUGGGCUGCAGGACCAGCUGGUUUAUUUGAGUUACUACUACGUACUCCGAAUCGGUACCACAUUGCAUUGGCAAAAUUCAAUUGCAAACGGCCAAGAAAGACAGUAAUAAUAUCAUAGCUCACAAGCUAGCUAAGCUAAGUAAGGGUCAUCAUCAUCACCACAUGCACAACUAGCUAGGAUAUAUAGGACUACAUUAAUUAAUAUUACCACUUGUUUGCUGUCUCUUCCUCCCUCCCACUAUUUUACUUCGAAUCCCUCCUGCUUAAUUUUGUGUUCCCUUUCCCCUUACGCAACCUAACUCAGCUUUGUCCUUUUUUCGGAGCAACAAUUGAAAUAAUAAUAAUAAUAAAUUAUAUUAAGUCUCAAGUAAUUGUUACCGUUCCUUACGAUGUUUUAGUAAUUAUCUUUAAUUUCGGGUUAUUGUUCACAAGGUUAUAUUCCGCUGUGACAACAACUAUAACACAGACUUUGCGAAUGCAUGCUCAAGCCCAGUUUCCCAACCCUUUUCAAUUUUCAUGGUUUUUAUUUUUUGUGUUUACCCUUUAAUUUUCAUGUUCCAAUUCAAUGAUGGCUUUGGGUGCCUCAAGUUUUGGGAAGUGGAGAGUUGGAACAGAUUGGAAGUUUACAUGUUGCAAUGCAAUGUUACCAGAUACUAUGUGUUAGUUUAGUUGUAUGGUGUAUUAAAUCACUUCUCUUAUAUAAUAAAUGAUCUUUUUAUAUAAUAGUUCUAUAUGUUGAUUUUCUUAGUUAGGUGCUACUUAAACAAUUCAAAUUUGGAACUAUAUAAACCAUUGUGUAAUUUCGAAAAGUUGGUAUCAUUUUUAAGGCCUUAACAAUUAUAUCAAGUAUCAAGUAAUUGUUACUGUUCCUUACGAUUUUUUAGCAAUUACCUUUAAUUCCGGGUUACUGUUCACAAGGUUAUAUUCCGCUGUCACAGCACCCAUAAAACAGACUUUGCGGAUGCAUGCCCAAACCCAGUUUCCCAACCCUUUGAGUCAAAAAGUUCAAUUUUCACUCAUUAUAAUGACUUGAAAGUGUGAUAGGAAUUCUCUAAAAUUAAAAUAAAAUAUUAGCGAGAGAUAUUACAAAUAUUACUUAGAACAAUUUAUAGAGUAAGUUUUCUAUCACAAAAGGAUUAUUGAUUGUACAUAUGUUUAUAUUUCGGUAAAUUCUUAGUACUAACUAUCCCCUUAAACACAUUGUAUGAAGUACAUGUCUACAAUUUCAAUUGAUGAGUCAAAUUUCAUUAGGCAAAUUUUUUUUAUGUAUAUCCACAUUUAAUAUCUUCCAAAAAUUCCAAUCAUUACACUAAAAUGGUUUUAACAAAAACUAAUUUUUUUUAGAAACAAACAAACAAAAACUAUUUAGCCUUUACAUCAUUCAAGGAAGAUAAAUAAAAACUCGGUCAAGAUACAAAGAAAACACAAACUUAUUCAAAUUAAAUUCCAACCUACAUCAAUUCAACUAUAUUAUAAUAUGAUCAUCCCGCCACGAGGUGCGGGCCAAUAUGCUAGUUCAUUUAAUAUUACAUUCUAUUCGGGAUAUAACGGAAUAUUCCUUCCCUUGCCUACCGGAAUCCAACCAGAUUCCUAUAAGCCAAUUUACAUUAUUAUUAUUAUUCGCUCUGUAACUGUUAUUAUUAUAUACAGAUAAUCAGUUCUACAUUCAUGAAUAUAUGCAUGCUUCUAUAUAAACCUUCCACAUAUAUAUCGGAGCUAGCUAUAUAAAAACAUCCUCACAAGUCACAAGGCCAACUCCUUUGAUCUUUUCCUCCUUGUUCCACUUUCCUGCAAUGAGCUCCUCCUUCCAAGAGUUCUUCGACCGGUGGUUGGUUGAGCAAAACCUCCACCUCGAGGACCUCAUUUCCGCCACCACGGCCCAACGACCGGCCACCCAGUUCCUUCGAGAUCUGGCCGGGCAGGUCAUGCAACACUACGAGGAGUACUACCAAGCAAAGUCUGCAUGGGCACACCAAGACGUACUAGAUGUGUUGUCCCCAUCUUGGAGAACCUCUCUAGAGGAAGCCUUUCUAUGGAUCGGUGGGUGGCGUCCGUCCACGGCUUUCCACCUCCUCUACUCCAAGUCAGGGCUCCAGCUCGAGACCCUCCUUCACGAUGCUGAUGAUAUGGGCCACCGCAAUGGUGCGGUGACCAAUCUGGCUGGCCUUUCCACAACCCAGUUCCACAUGAUCAACGAGCUCCACAAGAAUACCAUCAAGGAGGAGAGGAGGCUUACGGAGAAGAUGACAAAAGUCCAGGAAUCGAUUGCGGAUGCGUCCGUGGUUGACCUCUCCCACACAGUAAGCGAGAUGAUACGGAGGACCGAGGAGGGCGAGGGUGACGUGGCGGGCCCAAUGAGCGCCAGUGUGGUGAUGAAUGAGCGGGUGGAGAGGGCGUUGGUGCCGAAGAAGAGAAAGAUGGAGGAGCUGUUGCGGAAGGCGGAUGAUCUACGGCUUACGACGAUUAGGUCCAUCGUUGACGACAUUUUGACUCCCAUCCAGGCCGUCCAUUUCCUGAUCGCCCUAGCAGAGUUGCACCUUCGGGUUCAUGAUUGGGGGAAGCAGAGAGAUGACCAGUGUUAGGCGGGACCCGCGAUCACCCAUGCGUUGUCCACGUAGACUUGUUCGUUAUGUCACAUAAUGACGUUGUGUAAUAAUAAAAUUAUAAUCCGGAUUUAGAUAUACUUGCUAGCUAGUGUAUUGUGGGUUUUGAUUAUGUUGGUUUUCACAUUAUGAUGCUCAGUGAUGAUAAGUGCAUGUGGUUUUUCUCCCUAAUCAAGUCAAUAUAAUUAGUCCGACUGAGCCAUGAAAGAAAUUAUAACUUAUAAGGGAUAUAAUUAAUGUGAAAAUCAAUAGAUAUCAAUUGAGAUUGGAACAGGAAAGUAGCUAACGUAACCAUCAUUGCGUGAGAGUAAGAGAACAAAGAAAACUUAAAUUAUAAGCAUAAUAUCGGGAACACGAAAUUUCACUUAUAGCAUAAACAGAAAGCCCAUUCAUACGACGAAAAUGAAGAAGCUCUAGAGAAGUAAGUCCUAAUUAGUUACCUUAAAAUACUUAAAAUUUCUAAAUGCAUGCUCAAAUUUCCAUUAAUUAAGCUAUAAAAACCUGAUUCAAGUUUGGAGAGAUCGUCAGUCACUUCCACAGUUGUUAUGCGAGGUGAGUAAGAAUUUGGGUUGGAUUUGCAGGACACAUCCCCUACACGUCGACCUAUGGUGAUCAUCGUUAUACAAAUAAAUUAUUGUUCAAGAUAGUCCACACGUACGGUAUAUAUGUAUCCAGGUGGUUCUUAAAACACGGUAAACAUAAAGAUAUAGGACUCAUGCAUGUGCAUAAUUAGAUAUUAUGUCCCUUUGGUUUUGAAUGAGAUCAUAUAUAAAUGGUGAGAAUAAAAUAUUUUUAUUUUUUAUCGAUUUGUAUCUUAUUUGUUGUAAUUCGAAUUCUAAAUAUUUUUUGGCACAAAUUAAUUGAUUUUAUUAUAAUUUACAAAAUUCUAUCCAUCUUCGAUAUAUUUCAAGAAAAUUGUACCAUCCAUUACCACCUCAGCCCCACCUCCUAAACUCAUAUUCAACAUGAUCUAUUAUGAGUUACAAAUUUAUAGGAAACAAAAUUCAUAGCCUUCAAAUUUACCACCUUAUGCCACCCUAGUACACAAUAGUAAAUUGUGGUAGACGGUAGUAAAAUGAUAAUUGGUUGUUAGCUAGCAUAUUACUACUAUGUGUAUACAAUAAAUAUGUUCAUACACCAACAUAUACUUCCAAAUUCUAAGAUUAGUGGUAUUAUCACUAAUACCACAUUCUUGUUCACCACUACGUAAAAUAAGUCAAAGUGAAUAUAGUAUUGAACAACCAGAUUUUCUUACACAAAAUUCGAAAAGCGAUAUUAUCCCCAUAAAUUUGAUUGGAUAAAGUUGAGUCAGCUCACCGAAUUUGUUCCCUCUCCGAUCCCUCCACUUGCAGUAAUUAAUUAGUAAAAUUAAGUUUUGGACUAUGUACAUAAUUAAUUAAUUAAUUAAUUGCUGGCGUAACACGAAAAAGUGUUACUCCAAACUUCCAUGCACCAUAAAAGCUGUUGAAUUUCCCCAACCAUACAUCAUGUCAUCAUCACCUGUUGUGUUGAUAGAGAGAUGGAUUGGAUAUAUACCUCCACCAUUCAACUUUUCCCAUGCCAUGAUGAGGUAAGCUGAAGCUAGCUGAUCAGUUCAGUUCAGUGCUCCGAAUCCGUACCAGGAAGUGAACCACACAAUUAAAUUAAUUUAAUGCA